AAAAAACCAAAAGUCAAAAACUUGUAUUAUUUGUAUUAUAAUUGAUCAUGAGUCUGGUACAGGUUCACUUGUACAAAUUGUAAAACUUCUCUCUUCGACAAAAGGCCACUCGCCGUCGGUUGGUUUACAACGCGAUGGUCCAAUUUAUACACACACACAUAUAUAUAUAAAUAUAUUUAUAUUUUUGUUAAUUAAUAGUUAAUUCGAGGAUGAUGACCACAACUUGACUGGUUUGUUUCCUUUCCCCCUUCUCUCUGUCCACUGCGUGUCUGUCUGUCUUUCUCAGUCUCACUCCACUCUCUCUCUCUCUCCGUCUUUCUCUCUCUACCAUUUUGGGAAGUUGGACCAGAGCUCCGGUCGUUUGCCUCUUGGAAGGCGCAGAUAAGCUCUCUCGAUUUGCGCCGGAGCCGCGUAGUGCAAUGUUGAGAGGAUCUUCGUCUUCCGUUCGCAGGCUCGUCUGGAUAUUGGCGCUUACUCUGCUUCUUCUCUGCGGGGAUUUGGUUCCUUCUUCGCUUGCGCGCGCUCAUCCGCUCGGCGAUUCGGAUCUGCUCGUUCAGACGAACGCCACCGAGUCCAAUGUGUCCCUCUCUAGACCUAAGGAAGGCAGCUUCGCCGACAUGAUUGAUAAAGCUUUGGAGAACGAGUUCAAGGAAAAUGAUCAGAACGAAGCUAAUGAUGCUGGGAGUUUCAACAACAGCGUUGCCGGACAGCAGGCAGUUCUGGAAACUGUUGCCAGAGUUAAGCCAAAGAAAAAUGACACAAAAGAGGAAAAGUCGUUUCAAUUUCAUGAUGUUUUCAAUCUGGAUAAUGACAAUAGAGCUGAAGAUACCCCAACCUUGAUAGAUCGAAAGGACAAUGUCUUCAUUAUAUCGAACUUUAAAUCCAAAUAUCCAAUGCUGCAGCUAGACUUAAGAUUGAUAUCAGAUUUGGUAGUUGUUAUCGUAUCUGCAACCUGUGGUGGCAUUGCCUUUGCUUGUGCAGGACAACCGGUUAUUACUGGAUAUUUGCUAGCGGGUUCUGUGAUUGGUCCUGGAGGCUUCAGCUUUGUUAGUGAAAUGGUGCAAGUUGAAACAGUGGCUCAGUUUGGUGUAAUUUUUCUUCUUUUUGCACUGGGCUUGGAGUUCUCCACAACGAAGCUUAGAGUUGUUCGAGCAGUUGCUGUUCUAGGAGGUCUGCUUCAGAUUUUCCUUUUCAUGUGCCUUUGUGGUUUUAUAGCAUCGUUAUGCGGUGGUAAAGCUUCAGAAGGGGUGUUUGUUGGCACAUUUCUUUCAAUGUCUUCAACGGCAGUGGUAUUGAAGUUUUUGAUGGAUAAGAACUCAACGAAUGCCCUUCAUGGCCAAGUCACUAUAGGCACCCUUAUUCUGCAGGACUGUGCUGUGGGUUUGCUUUUCGCUUUGCUUCCAGUCCUUGGCGGUACUUCUGGUGUUCUUCAAGGAUUGGUAUCCAUGACCAAAUUGCUGGUGGUGUUGAUUACGUUUUUGUCUGUUUUGUCCAUAAUAUCUCGUACUGGUCUUCCUUGGUUACUUAAAUUGAUGGUUAGCUUAUCAUCUCAGACCAAUGAACUAUACCAAUUAGCAUCGGUGGCAUUCUGCUUGCUUGUAGCCUGGUGUAGUGAUAAGCUGGGACUGAGUCUUGAACUGGGUUCCUUUGCUGCUGGGGUGAUGAUAGCCACGACUGAUCUUGCUCAACAUACACUCGAACAAAUUGAACCCAUUCGCAACUUUUUCGCCGCUCUUUUCCUUGCGAGCAUUGGGAUGCUGAUCCAUGUUCAAUUUCUCUGGAUUCACGUUGACAUAUUGCUGGCAUCUGUUAUAUUAGUUAUUAUUGUAAAAACAGUUAUAAUCAGCACAGUUGUCAAGGCAUUUCGUUACAACAACAAAACAUCACUUCUCGUGGGGAUGUCUUUGGCACAGAUAGGGGAGUUUGCUUUUGUUCUUCUCAGUCGAGCAUCAAACCUUCAUCUAGUUGAGGCUAAACUGUAUCUGCUGCUUCUUGGGACCACAGCACUGAGUCUGGUAACCACUCCGCUGCUUUUCAAGCUCAUUCCUGCAGUAGUGCAUCUUGGUGUUUUGUUGCGCUGGUUCCCUCCUGACAGUUCUGUCGAGGUGGGUUUUAAAGGAGAGAACCUCCGGUCAGACAGCGGCAAGCAACGCAUUAUCUUGAUGGUCCAAGGAUCUCAUGAUUCGUAAUGCUUAAUUGGAUGAGCUGAAGACCGGAUCUUGUUUACGUGACACGCUCUUAUUCGGCCACUCCCGGAAUGUUGCCAGUUGAUCAGAAUUACUUUUUCCUCGUUGGAAGCUCUUUCGGAGUCGUUACUGUUUCAUUUUCCUGACCUACCAGUCAUCAAAUUCAGACGAGUGUCCCUAUUGGAAGAAUGGGGCCGAGGUUUAUCUAACUUCUGACAAAGAACUAACCUAACAAGCCUUACACCCGUAAUAUAAUUUUUUUCCCACUGUGUGUGACUUCAUUCUUUUCAGUGUAAUAUAGUUCCCUAGAUGUAACUUUACCCGAAUAUUGAUAGUUACAGUAUAUGGUUCUCAAAGUGUAAGUUUUGAUUG